AUGUCACUAGAUCAAUUGUCCAUAGGGAACGAUUUGAAAGACUCGUAUAAAGUCACCUCGACAUGGAUCAAAAACGGCAUCAACUUUUUAAGUGAUGUUGAUGAGUUUUACCGUGAACGAGCGGUUAUUGAAAAGGAGUACUCCACCAAGUUAAAAGAGUUGACAAAGAGAUUUUUUGAAAAAAAGGCAAAGAUAUCUUCGAACUUGUCAGUGGGUGAUGAACCUCAAGUUACACCGGGGUCAUUAGAAAGUGCAUCGCUAGUUCUUUGGAAUGAUGUGUUGACGCAAACAGAGGCCAUUGCCGACGAAAAGGCAAGUUUUAGUCGUGAGUUGCAGAUAAAGAUUGGUGACAACUUUGUCAGUUUGAAAGGGAAAUGUGACCGAAUUGAGAGGCAAAUUGCGCAGAUUAAUGAGUAUUUAAUCACUGAAAAGAAAAGUGUUGAGGAUGAAGUUGCCAGAGCCAAGAAGCAUUACGAUUCAUUAUGUCAGGCAACGGAAACGGCAAGAGAUAAGAAUCAGAAGUCGCCUAGUGAAAAGCAUGCACGGAAGUUGGCUGAUAGAGAAGUUGAAAUGAAUAAUGGGAAGAAUGCAUACUUGAUCAAGAUCAACGUGGCAAAUCGAUUAAAGGAUAAGUAUUAUUACCAGGAUGUGCCUGAGAUGUUGGACUACUUACAAGAAUUAAAUGAGGAUAGAGUAGCUUUGAUGAAUAAGAUUUUGAAAAAUGCAAACAUUGUUGAGAGAAAUUCAUUGGACAAGGUAAAGGAGAAGUUGCAUUUGAUUGAUGCCACUAUUGAUCAAAAUAACCCGAAAUUAGACGUGGCGAUGUUCAUCAAACACAACACGGUGGACUGGGCCGAGCCACAGGACUUUUAUUUCGUCCCUUGUUCAUUUUGGCACGAUGAUGAGAGCUUGGUGAUAAAGGAGCCCGAGUUGACUGAGUUGAAAAAGCGUCUCAAUAUAGCCACCAAUGAGUAUGGCAAGUUUGAACAAUCGAGUUUAGAUAUGAAACAGUCACUUGAGGAGAGCACCGCCAGGAGGAAGACAAAUGAAAGUAUCACGCUCAAGUUUGAUUCAGGGUUACAAAAUUCGCUAACCUUGUUGAGCAAGUUUAUCAAAGAAGAUACAAGCAGAGUCAAAAAUGAGGUGGAGAUUGAAAUUAUUCAGAAUUUUGCCGGCGACAAGGAUUUGAGCUAUGUGGCUCCUAUGCAGCAUAAAAAGUCACGUUUCGGAUUCCUCAAGGGUAAAAAGGAGAAGGCAGAGCCAACAAAGCAGGAGCAUAGCGACGCUCAAUCAGUUCACACAGUCAAAUCGCAUACUUCGAUUUUACCUAGUGGUGUAUUCAAUCUUCGAAAUAGGGGAACAAGCGGCUCUGGAGUCUCAAGUGGCUCCGGCUCAGGCUCUGGCUCAGGCUCUGGUCCUGGUCCCACUGCAAAAGCGUUAUACGCAUACGCCGCCACAAGUGCCGACGAGACAGGUAUGCACCCUGGAGAUGAGCUAAACGUAGUGGAGGAGGACGAUGGAUCAGGCUGGACAAUGGUUUCCGGACCGCAAGGACAAGGAUUGGUGCCAACUUCCUACAUCGAGGUCAAAUCAAAGAAACCACCACCACCGGUUGCACCAAAACGAGGUGCCAAAAGAGUACAGUACUUGGAAGCGCUAUACGAUUACACUGCUGAUGGUGAUGAUGAGCUAAGUAUACACGCUGGCGAUCGAAUAAUAUUAGUUGAAGACGAUACAGACGGAAGCGGGUGGACUGAAGGAGAGCUAAAUGGGGAAAAAGGUAUGUUCCCAACUAGUUACGUAAAAAAAGUAUCGUAA